AUGACAGAUGUAAGUGUGCAGAAAGUCAAGAAUGAGCCAAAGCCGGCUAGCAUAAAGGCGUCUUCUUCAGACACCUCUUUGGAAAGUGCGGAUGUCGGGGAUGAAAAUAAUGAUUCAGCGAAUGAAUUUACGCAUACAGUGCCUUUGUUGUCAGAAGGGUUGCUGGCACAAGUACAGCCCGUGUUGGCUCAAAUUGAAGAACAACUGAGAGAGUUUGAAGAGAAACAACGGCUUCUUCUCGAAGAUAUCACCAGCACGCAUGCGCGAUCAAAUAAUCAACCUAAUUACGACUAUAUUUCACAUACUUUCUCCAAACUUCCGGAAUACCAACAGAAGCUCCAAACCAUCAAACAAACAAUGGUGACCAUGAUAGCACGAUCGAAAAUCCUCAAAAGUCGUACCGCACAUUUGAAAACAUUGAAGCAACAACGAUUGGCCCAAGUCGCGGUAUUCCAGAGACGAGAACGUAGAAUUGAUCAGACAGUCUUGGCUGCUAAAGUUGCUGCGCCAGAAGUGCAGGAUGAACUUUGUUUCUUUCCUAGCUUAAGCGAAAUGACAGAAACCGCUGAGGAAAAGAGGCCGUCGCGUAAGAGAAAGAAUCAAACUGAGGAAGUUUUACCCAAAAGACAACCAAAAAGGGCAGCAAAGACCAAGAUCGAAACAGCCAGAGCUGAAACUUCAACCUCCAAGACCAAACAGAAAAAGACCGAGAACAAAAAGAGCAAAUCCGCAGCAACUAAGAUACCAACCGCAAAAUCGUUUCUUGCUAGUGCUCGUGAAUUGAAAGUCGAAAUAUCUCGUGCUCAACUGGAAGAUGGCAAAGUUGAUACUAAAACCGAUAAUACCGAACCUGCCAAGCCAUUGGGAAACGCUGAAACCACUCAAACUACAAAGUCGAAUGAUGAAAUAAACGACAAGAAAGGGGAUGCUGAUGAUGAUAAGAAGGCGGAAACAAACAAUGCCGAGAAUGGGAUCACAACGUUGUUCUUACUCACAGCUAAACCUCAAAAGUUCAAGACUGGUAGUUACGGCUGGAAUGCCAAUCAAGCUAAAGCCAACGUUACGGUUGUCAUCGAUGGCAAACCAGUCGAGUUGUCUGCUACGAUCAAUCUGAAUAUAACUGUACAUAGUUCUAAGCAAUAG